AUAGAUUUUUCCAACAUAUAAUUCAUCCCAAUCAAUAAGGUCAUUAUCAUGUGCAAACUGUUCCUAAAUUCUCUGGAUAUUUCUUGCAAAAAUUGAAGACAUCCUUCGAUGCUUGAGAACACAACAUUUCAAAAUCCACCUUUUUUGGAUGCUGCUCUAUUAGUCUUAGAGCAGCCUUUGAUUUGUUUUUACAAAGAGCAUCUUCGAUAAUGUCAUAUCAGGCUAAGAUCCGUGGAGCUUGUAAGAAGAUAGCACCCGAUAGAGUCUUGAAGAUGAUCAAUGAAGACACCAAAUGUUCACUCAGUGAUGCCUAUGACCAUCUGUACAAGGCAUUGCAUCAGGAGAUGCUUGCCAACCAGAUCCUUAAAGGUUACGAUUAUUUCAUGAUGGAAGAUUAUGAUAAAUCAUCAUUGUGAAGGAGAUAGUAGAGAGGUUCAAGAGAGAGUCCAAAAUCCCUCAUGACAUCAUUUUAGCUUGGGUCAACAUCACUGCAGUAUCACCACCACAUGCUCCUGUCUUGAAUGACAGCACCUCAGUUGAGAUUCAUUCAUCUCAUCCGAUAGCACGUAUACUAUCACACAAUAGGAUUUAGAGGUGUCAUAUGGUGUAUUGUACGUAAUCGUGUGAAAUGUUUUAAGCAAUUGAUAUGGGAGCCUUGAAUGAAAAAAUAAGAAUUAGGAAUUCUGUAGUAGUUUCUUUUGUUGAUAUUUUUCACGUCGGGAGUCUUUUGGUUGAUCUCAU